UUGUAUCCUCAGUUCGCCUUGUGUUCCUAUAGCGCUUUAUUCCCGCGAAUUCAAAUUAAUACUUAUAAUUUAAAAAAAUAGUCAGUAUCAUGGAACGGUGGGUUGGUAAGGUUGCAGUGGUAACCGGUGCUACUGGCGGUGUUGGUUCGUCAAUUGUUGUAGAGCUGGUAAAAGCUGGAAUGAUUGUUUGCGGACUUGCUAGGCGAAAGGAUAAAGUUGAGGCUCUACGUGUGAAUGUUGUCGGUGCAAAAGGUCAGCUUAAUGCCGUCGAAUGUGACAUAACCUCAGAGGCAUCGGUUAGCACUGCAUUUACUUGGAUUGAGAAGACAUUUGGUGGCAUCGAUGUCUUAGUAAAUAACGCAGCUACUACAAGUAAAUUUCUGUUGUUGGACAACAAUAAUAUCAAGGAUUUUCGCACAAUGUUGGACACUAACAUUAUAGGACUCAUAAUCUGCACAAAGCAGGCUCUUAAAAUGAUGAAAGCUCGCGACGUGUCCGGAGUUGUGGUUAACAUCAAUAGUAUUCUAGGACACAAGCUGAAUACUUGUGUGCCGGGAACGAAGCCCGUCAACGGAAUGUAUCCAGCAUGUAAAUUCGCCAUGACUGCUAUUACGGAAUGCCUAAGGCAGGAGGUGAUGUAUUUCGAAAUCGCAGCUAAAAUAAUGAAUAUUAGCCCCGGGCUUGUGGAGAACGACAUAGUUACUGCUAAUUCAGAUAAUGAUUUGGUUACAUUGAUGCCGCGACUUGCCCCAGCUGAAGUUGCAAAAGCUGUGAUUUUUGCUAUAUGUACUCCGGAUAAUGUAUUGAUUCAAGACAUUAUAAUUAAGCCUGGAGGGGAGUUCUUGUGAAGAAAAUCAGUUUUAAAUAGAAGUAAAUAAAAAUUCAAAUCCUUCGAUGAAAAAUGGCGGAACAGCUGCUAUAAUGCUAUAUAUUGUUUUUAAUAAAAUAUUGGUUGAUAUCCUGACUACAUUGCAUUUCUAUUGUAAACACAGGAUUAUUAAUAUAAAAUAAAAUAAAACUAUUUAAGUAUG